UGUCGCCGCCGGGCGCCUACAGCUGAUGUGCACAGCUGAUCAACAUAAUAGAAGGCAAGACACCGACCAGCAACAAGUGUGGAUGGAAUGUUACCAGUACACUGCAAGGUGACGCGUUAAGAGGCAGUGCUGAGUUGAUGCUGAGCUAGUGCUGAGAAACAUGCAUACUUGACACAAGCAGAACUGCAAUAAAUGACCACUACAUGAAUUAGUGGAAGAAGAGAGAAGAGAAAAAACUGAAGUAAAAAGACCCAAAGUGCAGUAAUCUCUUCUUACAUAUCUCCAACCACCUCCAUCCUCACCAUGCCAUCCAUUGCAUCCUCCUUGAUUGUGCAGUUCAAGAAUUGCCGACUGGUGCGUGGCGGAACCAUUGUGAAGGAUGACUUGUGGGUGCGUGGCGGCCGCAUCGUCAAUCCGGAGCCUGUGUUCUUUGACGAGAAGGUGCAAGCAGAUCUGACUGUAGACUGCUACGAUGCCCUCAUCUGCCCUGGCUUCAUAGAUAUACAGAUUAAUGGAGGAUAUGGGUAUGACUUCUCCUCAGACUUAGACAAGCUGGAGGAAGGCAUGUCCACAGUGGCCAAGGGUAUUCUGGCGACAGGGGUGACAUCGUUCUGUCCCACUAUAGUCACUUCUCCCACCUCUGUUUAUCAUGAGGUGUUGCCAAAGCUGAAGAGAACCCCUGGAGGCAAGGAAGGGGCAGGCAUCCUGGGAAUCCACCUUGAGGGGCCCUUCAUCAGCCCAGAGAAGAAGGGGGCCCAUCCCCCUGAGUUCAUCCAGAAGAUUGAGGGAGUCAACAAAGUAUACGACAUAUAUGGUAACCUGGACAAUGUGGGACUGAUCACCAUCGCCCCAGAGCUGCCUGGAGCGCUGGAAGUCAUACAUCACCUGACAGCCAAAGGAAUAAAGGUCUCUGUGGGUCACUCCAAUGGCAACCUGGAGGAUGGUGAGGCAGCUGUCAACAAAGGUGCCUCGUUCAUCACCCACCUGUUCAAUGCCAUGCUGCCAUUCCACCACCGUGACCCAGGACUUGUGGGACUCUUGACCAGCCAGCACAUCAACCGGCCUGUCCAUUAUGGAAUCAUAGCUGAUGGCAUACACACUCACCCUGCUGCUCUCAGAAUUGCCCACCGUACCCACCCUAAAGGUGUGGUGCUGGUGACAGAUGCAAUGGCUGCAAUGGGCCUGGGUGAGGGACACCACUACAUAGGACAGAUGGAGGUGCUGGUGAAGGGUCAAAAAGCACAGCUGGUGGGCACCGACACCUUGGCCGGCGCAAUUGUCACCAUGGACAACUGUGUUCGGCGCUUCAUCAAGGGAGCUGGUGUGACGGUGGUGGAGGCCAUCGAGGCGGCCACUCUGCACCCAGCUCAGGUGAUGGGUGUGGACCACCUCAAGGGCACACUGGACUUUGGCUCAGAUGCAGACUUCUUGCUGCUGUCUGACAAGGGUCCUCUGAAGGUACUCAACACAUUCAUCAGUGGCCAGUGUGUAUAUGCUGCCCCUGAGGCUCCUUCUAUUUCUUAUAGAGAUCCUUCAGGGAAAAAAUUUUCUCAUAAAUAAAGUAUAUCAUGUAUUAUACUUUGCUUGCUUUUAUCUAAGUUACUGCAUAUCUGCCUAUAAUUUAAAUUUCUGAAAGGAAGCUUUGCUUUGUUGUUACUCACCAGAGUGCUUGUUGAUAUUCUAUUAUAUUUCUUGAUAUUAUGGAGAAAGAAAUUAAGAACUUUAAAACACUGCUGGUUCAUAGGCUUAAAGAUUAGCCAAUCAGAAUCACAUGUGAGGUAGACAGCAAAGGUCACAAAUUUGGCCCCACAACUUAUAGAAGUUAUUGCUUCCCAGCUAGAUAAUGAAUAUCCCAACAUGAACCUAACAUUGCAAUCCAGAUUGCAAAAACACACUUUAAUUUUGUCAUGAAAUUUUUUGUAUAAAUUCCAGACUCCAGGAUAAAUUUUGUCAUGAAAUCUAUAUAUAUAAAUCACAGCCUCCAGACUAACCAAACUCCUGAAGACUCUGGGUGUGUCCUGGAGACUGAAUGGAGUGGAGUGUCUGUCUUUCUUUGUCUUGAUGAUCCUCAUCCUACACCGAUUCUUUUAGGUGAACAAGUCACCUUAGGGUGCCACAUUCCACCAGCACAAUACCAUAUUACAUUUCUUUGGCUCUAUUAGACAUGCCAGCCUUAAUUAUAAAUUUUGUUUUUCUCUCCAUCAAAUAAUUAACACCACAAAUCUUUUACUGUCCAGUGCCUGGGUACUAAUCAUAAACAUAAGGCUAUGAUAUAAUACACAUACUUAUGUACAGUACUGCUAUGUUCUGGAGGCUUAGGUGUUCUCUAUAAUGAAACCAUGCAAACCAAAAAGAAAACAGCAGCAUGUUUGUGAUCUUUUGUGUUCCUUUGGUGUAAGGAGACAAGCAAAGCUGUCUCUUGUACAACCAUCAAUUCAGCAGGAUGUUACUACCUAUAUGUACCAGGGUAUUAGUACAAAGUAUGCAAUGCUCUCUGUCAUGCUUCUCAUUCCCAUAUACUGUAUACUGUUCUGGAUACUUGUAUCAUGAAAGACAAAACCUUGUUGUGAAUGCAUGUUCUUGUUUUGAGAAAGUUUAUUAAAAAUUUAUAUAAAGAUUGAUAUUUUGAA